GACGCUGCGCGCGGGAGGAGGCGCGUCUGACCGACUGUCAUGCGAGUUUCAGGAACCGAGGAGAGCAGAAGGGCGUGUUAUUAAUAAUCAGCCCAGCAGAAAGUCCCGCAGUCGUUGUGUCAGCGAGCAGAAGAGGACACGCCGCGCUCCGGAGAGGAUUCAUCGCUGCGUGGGUUACGCUUCUGCGCUCGGCGCUGCUUUCUGUCGCUUCCAGCGUGACUAAUCGCAGCUUUGACGCAGUGGAUUGUUCCUCCAUCUGAUCUGCGCUGAUCGAUCCUUCACACAGUAAGUGACACGAUCAUUUAUUCACCUGCCAGUGUGUGCUUCGGGAUUUUGACGGGGAUUUUUCUAACGACCAUGUGGCGAGAAGAAUAAGAAAGUGCUUGGAUGAAGCCCAGGAAAGUCAGCAAUGAGUCUUUAUUGACGGGAAGAAGUCGAAGCUUCCUGGUUUCAUUAUUUUAAUGACAGUCUGAUCAUUUAGAGAUUGCUUUGAUGUCUGUGUGAAUCGCGGAGGAGAAAUGUGUUUAAUGCUGAGGAAUUCUGAAUGCUCUUCCCGAUUCCAACAACUCGAUUGAUUAUUUUUCCCGUCGUGGAUGACUGAAAACACACAGCUGAGAUCAUCUCUCGGCGUAUUAUGUCUUGUGAGGAAUCUGUCUUGCUGUUUUAAUGACGGGUAAGAUGGAAACGCCCUUCUAUCACGAUGAUAGCGUUCCUAACUUUGGGCAAAUUUCAGACUACGAUCGAUACCAAGGUCACAAGAUUAUGAGCAAGAAGAGCAACAUGCCGCACAAUUUCUCCAACAGCGUGGGAAACGCCUCGAGCCUCAAACUCAGCAGUUCCAGCGGUCUGGGCAUGAGCGGUAAUCCCAACGGCUCGCUGAUGUCUUCUCCAGACAUGAACCUCCUGAAGCUGUCCUCUCCGGAUCUGGAGCACCUGAUCAUCCAGUCUAACCAGGGGCUGGUUACUACAAGCCCGGCUCCCAACGCAUCUGCUAAUCCCUUCAUGUACCGAAACCAGGCCACGAACGAGCAGGAGGGAUUCGCAGACGGCUUCGUCAAAGCUCUGGCCGACCUGCACAAGCAGAACCAGCUGGUGGGGGCCCCCAUGUCCCCCUCCUCCUCCUCCAUCCAGGGCUCCUACCAGAGGAACAUGAUGCCGGGUGGAGACAUGCCCAUCUACACCAACCUGAGCAGCUACAACCCCAACCAGCUGCCCUCCUCUUACCCCGGUGGGCAGAUGACCUACGCCUCGCCCCACGGCCCUCAGACCCGGGGCCCGGACGCUCCACAGACGGUGCCCGAGGUGCCACACCCACCCAGCUCCCCACCCUCGCUCUCUCCCAUCGACCUGGAGACCCAGGAGCGGAUCAAGGCGGAGCGCAAGAAGCUGCGGAACCGCAUCGCCGCCUCCAAGUGCCGCAAGAGGAAGCUGGAGAGGAUCUCGCGGCUGGAGGAGAAGGUCAAGGUGCUGAAGACGCAGAACUCGGACCUGGCCUCCACCGCCAGCAUCCUGAGAGAGCAGGUGGCUCAGCUCAAACAGAAAGUCAUGAAUCACGUCACUAAUGGCUGCCAGAUCGCCGUCAGCUCUGCCGGCAUGGCCAAGAGCGGAGAGAGCACCAGCUGCUGAAACCACAAGACACACACGCAAGGCUUUUCAAAUGACUUUCUCUUUAUCUCCUGGCCGCACUCUUACGCUCAUUCUCUGUCUCUCUCAGCCCUGUCUUACUUCGGCUCAAAGGGUGAGACGGGGGAGACCCGAGCGACGCCAGGAUUGACAAACCUGCACAUGCUCCCGAGGUGCGUUCUUCAGCCGCUGUCUGGACUCGGGGUCAGUGACGAAAAGGCCAAAGUGACAGAGAUACAGAUGCACUGUGGGGUGAUCAUAAAGGGAACCAAUACUCGUGUAGGAAUUCUGCACUCUUUUUUUUUUUUUUAACCCCGGCUUGCAACUGCGAUUUUUCACUUCAGGCCGAUGGAAACUUUCCUCAACUGUUUUUUUUCUUUAUAAUCAACGUCUCGUUUAACCUAUGGAAAAACUGUGUUUGUGUUUCUAAAGUUGUUGCACUAUUAUGCAAACUUUCCUCCGAAGCACCUGACGGACUCAAGCGUGGAAGAGAAGCGAUCCCUUUAUACUGCUUUGAGACGUCCCCUGUAUCCUAGCGGAAAUCUCUUGGUUUGAUCCGUCACCUCGUCUCAGUAACAACAUUACAGCAUAUGUUUGUUUGUUGGUUGGUUUGAUAUUGUGCAAUUUGUGAAUAUGAGGAAAAAUAUAUUUUAUAUGAACAAAGACUUUUUCAAAAGUAUUACCUAUUAAUAUCGCAACAUUAUAAUCAAAGAGACAUCUGCGGAUAAAGGAUUGUGGUACUGUGCAAAACUUUAAUGGCACCUUUGGCUGUUUUUGAGUUGGGAAUUUCCUGAGCAUUCCGAGACCUUUUGCACUGUAGUCUCCCGUCGCAGAUUCGUUCUAAUGAUGGGAUGAUCGUGUGUUUGUGCCAUUAUCUAAUGAGUAUUAAUGCUGUGUUAACCCAGAGUAACAGUGUGGAAAAGAUACUCUGGACUAAAGACAUGGGAGUCAAAACUGACUUGAAAUCAGAAAGACAACAAAAGGGCUUUUGAACAAUAGUAUUUUGCAUUUGAUUUUUAUUUAGUUUUUUUGUAUUUUAUUAUUUUUUAAAUGAAUUAUGAAGCAAUUUUAUUUAUACAGAAUUUGUAUUUAUGUUGUUUUCUGAGGAGAGGAAGAACACGGUUGGAAUACUAGUGUCGUGCUGACACAAUAUUUUUGGGAAACUACAUGAUUGCACAUAAAUCAGAAACAUUAAAUGAUGUGUAAUAUUUAUCCUCUGUGUAUAACAUGACAGUUUGAACUAUAACUACAACUAUGUUUAUAGUAGAUUAAAAAAAUAAUAAAUGAACAAAGUUCUGAAAGAUUGUGUAACAGCACGAGACGAGCAGAAGUCAGAUCCGCUUCACGUCGCGGAGAUAAAGGACUCGUAGAAGUUGUGUGAAGACAUCCUUGUGUUGAAGAGUCCUGUGGGUCUGUCAGUGUUGAUACUCAGAAUUGCUGUUGAUUGCCUUUCUUAAAGUUCAUGGAGAUGCAGAUGAUUUUAUUUAUAUAUCUACAUCUAUUUGAGAUGAUUCAUAGGAAGACCUGAGACAGGAGCUAGAACUGUCGAAUAACUUUAGAAGAUAUUUAUUUUUUGAAACUUGAAUAAGGUUUUUGAUGUCACAAACGUAUUGUAUUUUUGUACAAAAUUGUUUUAAGAAUAUUGUGUGUACAGUACCUACUGUAUUGCUUGUAUCAUUCCGAAUACUUUAUUUAUUGAAGUGGUUUUCCUGAGCAGUGUGGUGUUUGAUGGGAGCUCGACUCCAGGCGUUUCUGUGUUGCUGGUUUGUGUUCGUACACGUCUUCUGUUGGUACAGUUGUCCACCGCUGCUCCAGUUUUUCCACUGGUCCUUGAUUUGUCCCUAACUCUUGUGUUUUUCGUUGUUUCCUGGGGCAUCGGGACUGUAUGGCUGUGUUUUUUAUCUCUAACUCUAAAGACUGAUUUCAUUGUUCAUUUCAAAAUGAAGAAAUCUUUGGCAGACCACAAGGUCUUUUUUUCUUUACUGUGUGUCAUAUAUACAGAUACUGAAAAUGAGUUUACUUUGUUGACUUGGUGUGGUUUGUAUAACGAUUAUCUUCUCAGUCCUGAUCCCAAAUUAGAUUCAGACUUUCAUGACUGAGCAUUUUAAGUCAGAGAUGGAGUUUGGUGAUGAAUAUAUUACAGCAGCACGGUGUCUCUGGAUGUGGAAGAACGAGGAUUACUCAAAGACUCGAGCGACUGGUGGUCAAUCGUGUGCUGACGGGGUGACUGAGGGGCGACUUGCCUCGCUGGUUUAUUUGCUUCUAAAUAACAUGCAGUCUUCAAAUGCUGUUCAUUGUUCCCUUGUUUUCUUAUUUUAUCGACAAUAAAGAGGAGUACAUUUCUGAAAA